AUGGCUUCCGACGGCGUCAUCACGCACCGCAGCGUCGAGGUCAACGGCGUGCGCCUGCACGUCGCGGAGGCCGGCCCGGCGGGCGCGCCCGUGGUGCUGCUGCUGCACGGCUUCCCGGAGCUGUGGUACACCUGGCGGCACCAGAUGCCCGCGCUGGCCGCGGCCGGUUACCGCGCAGUCGCCCCCGACAUGCCUGGCUACGGCGACUCCGAGGCGCCCUCCGCCGGCCCGGACCAGUACACCGCGCUGCAUAUCGUCGGCGACCUUGUUGCGCUCAUCGACUCCCUCGGCCAGGAGCAGGUCUUCGUGGUGGCGCAUGACUGGGGCGCCAUAACAGCCUGGAGCCUGUGCCAGUUUCGGCCUGACCGGGUGAAGGCUCUGGUCGCCUUGAGCGUCCCCUUCACCCCUCGGAGCCCCGCGGUGAAGCCCGUCGACGCCGUCAGGGCUCUCUACGGCGACGACUUCUACAUCUGCAGCUUCCAGUGUCCUGGGGCAAUUGAAGCAGAAUUCAAACGCCUCGGUACAGAGUUGGUGCUAAGAAAGUUUUUCGCUGAUCGAAGUGCUAGCCCACUGUUCAUCCCGAAGAGCGGGUGGGGCUCACCAGAUGAUGAGGUGCCCUUGCCGAGCUGGAUCACAGAUGAGGACGUCAAGUACUACACGACCCAGUUUGACAAGUCUGGUUUCACCGGAGGAUUCAACUACUACCGUGCCCUGAAUAAGACAUGGGAGUUAACUUCGCCAUGGACGGGAGCUGAGAUAAUGGUACCAACGAAGUUCAUAGUUGGCGACUUAGAUCUAACAUACAAUAUUGCGGGCGCAAAAGAUUUCAUUAACAAAGGUGGCUUCAAGAAGUUUGUUCCAUUACUUGAUGGCGUGGUGAUAAUGAAAGAUGUCGGGCAUUUCAUAAAUGAAGAAAAGCCAGAGGAAAUUAGUGCGCUCAUAAUCAGCUUCAUAAAGAAAUUCAACUAA